UGGACUAGAUGAGGAUUUCUCCAAUAAGUCAUGGGACAACGGAAGGUUCAUGGUGACGUCCAUACUUAGUAAGUUUGGAAAACUGUGGCACGGUUAUGAGCUUCAUGGUAUGGAAAAAAUUCCAGAAGGACCGGGGCUUAUAGUUUAUUACCAUGGAGCCAUUCCUGUAGACUACUGCUACUUUAUCUGUAAUCUUUAUAUACAGACGGGAAGACUCUGUUACUCAGUAGUUGAUCACUUAUUUUUUAAGUUACCAGGAAUAGAACUGCUUUUUAACCUGCUACCUACAGUGCAUAGUGGAAGAGACGAAAGUGUUGAAAUUCUGAAGAAAGGCAACUUAUUGGGUGUCUCACCAGGUGGAAGUCGAGAAGCAUUCUUUAGUGAUGAAAACUACAACCUCCUGUGGGGUAAUCGCAAAGGCUUUGCUCAAGUGGCCAUAGAUGCAAAAGUGCCCAUCAUCCCUUUGUUUACACAGAAUAUUCGGGAAGGAUAUAGGACAUUUGGAAAAAUAGGGUUUUUUAGGUGGUUCUAUGAACAUGCUCGAUUGCUACUCAUUCCUGGAUAUGGAGGGUUCCCAGUCAAACUUCGCACAUAUGUUGGAGAUCCCAUUCCAUACGAUCCAAAUAUAACAGCUGCGGAACUAGCUGAAAAGACAAAGAUUGCCCUUGAAACACUAAGAGACAGACACCAAAAACUACCAGGAAGUAUACUAGCUCUGUUGGAGCGAUUUGAUAAACAUCAGAAAGAAGACUAG